AUGAAGAAGAGGCAAGUCGUGAUAAAACAAAGGAAAAACUUAUACACAACGACUUCUUCUUCGAGCAACGUCCGUUACGUUGAGUGCCAGAAGAAUCACGCCGCUAAUAUCGGUGGCUACGCUGUUGACGGUUGCCGUGAGUUUAUGGCAAGCGGCGGUGAAGGAACUUUGACGUGCGCUGCUUGUGGCUGUCACCGGAACUUUCAUAGGAAGGAAGUUGAAACGGAGGUUGUUUGCGAGUAUUCUCCUCCGAACUCAAUCAACUAAUUAACAAAGAUGUCAAAAAAGGCUGCUUAAGAGUUGAAAUAUUAGUUUCAUAUAUAAGAAUGUAUUUAUGUAUUGAUAUGGUUAUUGAUGUUUACUCAGAUAAUGACAUUAACC